CAACAUUCUCUCCAUUUCCUGAAGUCGUUCUUGCACGAAGCCUUCAGACAAACUCUUUCAGAGUCUACGCAAGAAAACACGGAAAUAAUCUGUCAUUUUCUACAAACAAAAAAGCGUGUAACCUCAGUGGACUUGGCCAUUGCAAGCGCCGGCGAGAAACGUGUGGAUAUUGCAAGAGCUUCGGCGCCGACAUCUCUUUGGAAACGGUCCGCUAAGGUACAACACUCUAAGAGAAACCAUGGAUCUGGAUUGCUACAAGUACAUCGAUGGCCUAUGGAUGCACGGGAUGUUUGAUGACGACAUCGUGCGCUCAGUACUGUCAUACAAGCCAAGGCCAGACGAUGUCUUCAUUGCUACGUACCCAAAGUGCGGAACAACGUGGACGCAGUAUCUCAUUCUGAGCAUCAUCAGCAGGGCCCAGCCCCCGAAAACACUCGCCGACUUCAUGCUGGCUUCGCCCUUCCUUGAACUCAUGGGUGUUGAAGCAGCCGACAAAAUGCCACGGCCAGGUCUCUUGAAGAUGCACCUGCCCUUUGACAAGGCGCCAUACUCAACUGACGCCAAGUACGUUUACGUGGCGAGAAAUCCUUACGAUGUGUGUGUCUCUUUUUACUACCACACGAAGGGAUUCACCCCAAAGCGCGUGAAGGACGCCUCCUUCGAGGCGUUUCACGAAAUGUUCAUCACUGGCAAGCUAAGCUACGGUGACUUCUUCGACCACCUGCUUUCUUGGUACGAAAAACGCAACAACCCAAACAUACUGUUCUUCACUUAUGAGGAGAUGAAAAAAGACACUCGCUUCUGGGCGCUGAAGAUAGCUGACUUUCUCGGAGAGCAGUACGGCAACGAGCUUCUCAGUAAUCCGACGUUGCUGAGAAAAGUGUUGGACGCAGCAAGCUUUGAAAGCAUGAAAGGUGUCUUCACUGACAAGAUCGGUACUUCGAUAAUUGUACUGCUGGAUCUGCCACCAGAGAAGGCUUUAAAGACCGUCGAAGUGUACCGGUCGUCGUGGUCCGAGACGGAGGAGAUGUACGAGGACGAAGGAUUCGUGCGCAAAGGUGUUGUCGGCGAUUGGAAAGCACACUUCACUCCAGAACUUAUCUCUAAAACAAAGGCGUGGAUUGCGCAAAAGACUCACGGAUCGGACGUGAUGCAGUUGUGGGAUGAUAUUGACAUGCCUUGAGUUAUGUGAUUAGGCUGUGGGUAAAAAAAAAGAGAAAAAAGGACGCCUUAAACAAUGAAAAAAGUUGAAAUGGUGCAGGCUACUUAGUGUUAAGCCGAACACAUGCUUAAUAAGUUCUUUUACAGGCUUAUUUUGUUUGUUUUCGAACUGUAUUUGCUGCACAGCUAGGAUAUAAAGCAAACGCAACUGCCAUUUUUUAA